AUGGAGCCAUGUAACACAGAGUCAAAGGUCAAACUAGGUCAGUGUCAGCUGACCGCUUCCACCCCCUACCGUCGUCAUUCAGCAAUGCACUCUUACCCAGAACCACUGGCUGCACCCAAGGAACCUUCCUGCUUCCUGUCCCAAGGCUAUGCCUCCUACAGCCCCCUAGCCCCACUGCAGCAGUUCUCACCAGGUGUGUAUUCUACCAGUGGAAAAUCCCAAAGUUCUCAGUACUCUCUCCAGGGCAUCUCCACUCCAACCCAUCAAGACAGUAGCAUGCAGUCCCUCUUCCCCAAGCCCAUCUACUCAUACAGCAUUCUGAUCUUCAUGGCUCUGAGGAACAGUAAGACAGGGAGUCUCCCGGUUAGUGAGAUCUACAGGUUCAUGACUGAACACUUCCCCUACUUCAAGGUACAGCAGGAGGACAUUAUGUCUUCUCACUGA